AAGAUGUCGGAUCUUCCGUCUGAUUUGGUAGAGGAAAUACUUUGUAGGGUUCCCACAACAUCUCUGAAACGAUUAAGAUCUACAUGCAAACGAUGGAAUGUUCUUUUCUAAGAGCCAGGAUUCUCAGAGAAGCACUUUCGUAAAGCUCCAAAGCAGUCUAGUGUUCUCAUGUUGAAGGCAUACAAGCUUUGUCCAAUAAGCGUCGAUCUCAACGUUGUUCCACCAUCUGUAGAGUUUAAAGAUGCACUUGACCUAAAGUUUUCCCAUUCUAAUUCAGGACAAGUAGAUAUAGCUCACGUUUUUCACUGCGACGGUUUAUUGUUAUGCAUCACCGAGGAUAAUAAACCCGUGGUUUGGAAUCCGUGUUUAGGGGAAAGCAGGUGGAUCCAACACGAAAUUGGUUACGAUAGAUACUGUGAGUUUGCUCUAGGAUACGACAACAACCAAUCUUGCCGCAGCUACAAAAUCUUGAUGUUUUGGAACAGUUUGUACUGGGAAAAUUGUCAAACAAACAAGCCAGUUGGUAGAUUUGAAAUCUAUGAGCUUAGCUCUAAUUCAUGGAGAAUUGUCAAUCCUCGCAGCUGCCCUAGAAUAGGCAUAAGAUACCGAGGCGUGACUCUAAAGGGAAAUACUUACUGGAUUUCUAAAGAUGAUAAUGAAGAUAACUACUUACUCACUUUUGAUUUUACAGGUGAGAGAUUUAAACGUCUUUGUCUUCCGACAAUUCAGAAUCGUGGUUCUUAUAUGGCUUUAUCUUCUGUUAGAGAAGAAGAACUCUCAGUGUUAUGUUUAAACAGCAUUGAUUCACAUGAGUUGGAGAUGUGGGUGACUAAGAAAAUUGAUACUGAAGCAGAGUUUUCAUGGAGCAAAUCUUUUGUAGUGGAUUUAAGAAUUCCUCGCGAUAAUUCGUUGUUUGCGUUCACGAGUCUUUUAAUUGACGAGGAGAAGAAAGUGGCAUUGUCUUGUAAUUCAUUAUUUGGGUACGGCAGGAACGUGGUAUAUACUAUUGGAGAAGACAAUGAAUACUACACCGAAAUCCGUGUUAUGCUACAUAACAACCAUAUUGAUAGAUCGUGGAAGCCAUUCAUUUUCAAUUAUGUUCCAAGUUUGGUUCAAAUCCCGACCAAGGUAGAGACAUAA